AAUACACCGUGAUCAGCUUACUACGUGUUUACCAGAGGUAGAUAUGUCGGAGCCCGAGGAGCUGCCGCAGAGAGAACAGCGAGAGAGCACGAAGAAGAAGAAGAAAGCGAAGCGGAGUGUGAAAAAGAAGAAGGAGCAGCGGGAAGGAGAGGAGCAGGAGGAGCAGGUGGAGUUUGAGCAGGAGGUGCAGAGUGUCAAUGAGUGCGUUGUGCUGCACGGGAUCUUCAAACUGGGCAAGAAGAGUCACGACGUCCUGCUCACCCGAACCAAACUGACCUGGACCCCCAUCAUCCCGGAGAACCCCACAGGUGAGACUGGUGUCCCACAGUCAGGUGAGGUGCUGCUGCAAGACAUAUUUGCAGUGAAGGUGAAGCGGAGGCGAGCUGCGGGCCAGGAGUCAGGGGGACCCGUGCUUGGUGUGGCUCUCUUCUGGUGUAGGAGGAAAGGGAGAAGGCUGGAAGAGGACACGCUGCACCUCCACAAUGCCUCCUCAGAACACACACACACCUGGUACAACACCCUGAAGGAGCUGCUCACAGGGUUCAGCAGCCGUCCUACGUAUCUGAAGGUCUUCAUCAACCCCAGCAGCCACAAGAAGGAGGCCGUCCACAUCUACAGAGACCACGUGGCUCCUCUAUUCAAGAUGGCUGACAUCCGAACCGACAUCACCGUAACAGAGAGGAAGGGUCAUGCUCUCUCAGUGAUGAAGGAAUGCAAACUGGAUGAAUAUGAUGGGGUGGUGUGUGUCGGUGGAGAUGGUUCAGUUGCAGAGCUGUGUCAUGCUCUGGUCCUCAGAGCCCAGCUGGAUGCAGAUUCCCCAGAAAAACCAGUGAGAGCAACACUGCCACUGGGAAUCAUCCCAGCUGGUUCCACAGAUGUGGUUUCCUGUUCUGUUCAUGGAGUCAGAGAUCCAGUCACUGCAGCCCUCCACAUCGUCUUGGGUCACCUGCAGCAGGUGGACAUGUGCAGCUUCUCGUCUCAUGGCCAGUUGGUGCGAUUCGGUUUCUCUGCCAUGUUUGGCUUUGGCGGGCGGAGUUUAGCGAGGGCAGAAAAGAAGAGGUGGAUGCCAUCGUCACGGCGGCGAGAGUAUGCUCUGGUUAAGACGCUGGCUAGGCUGAGACCGGAGGACUGUCAGCUUUCCUUUUUAUCAGCAAGGAAGUCAAACAGCAAUUUGUUUGUACAGCGAGAUAAGGACCAGGACCAAGACCAGGACCCAGAGUCCGAGGGGGAGGAGUCCUGGGUGACCAAUCAGGGCCUGUAUUUGAGCAUCAGCAUCAUGUCCAUCCCUUGCCUGAGUCCACACGCACCUCAAGGACUAGCUCCAAACACCAGUUUGGCAAAUGGCAGUGCAGCGCUGAUUGCAGUCGGAAACACCUCCAGGUCCGAGUUUAUUAAACACCUAAAGAGAUACAGCAGCUCUACUGGACAGUUCAACUUCUCCUUCGUGGAGACGCAUGUUGUGUCAGCGGUGAAGAUCCGCCCCUGCUCGCUGAUUGGCUGUUCUGAGGAUGAGAGUGAAGAGGAGGGUGACUCGAAAACCACACCCUUCAUCCACACAGAAGGAACAACCUUCCCCUGGAACAUCGACGGAGAGCUGGUGGAAAUCGCUAAUGAAGUGCUCAUCAGAGUCCACCCAAGACUCAUCACUCUGUACGGUGAGGAGGUGGAAGAGGCCGAGUCGUCUGUCUCCUGCAGCUGCAUCUGAGAACAACAAGGGGGCGCUGCUCUGUGUGACACUCACCACAGUAACCAAAAUGACUCAACAGUGCUCUUUGUACAGACUCUGAACUCACAAUUUGAAACUUUGGUCGUCCGCCCAUGAUUUUACCGAUAAAUACAAUAAAAAAAACUCCUUUACUUUAAAGCUAGAUUAAUUUUAUAUUCUUUUUAUCAAAGCAUAAUGUGAAUGUUUUGUAAGUUUUAUUCAUGUAUCAGCUGCAGAACUGACCAAUGUACAUAAAAAUGGUUUGUUUACAAUUUACUACAGUUUCAUUACCCAUUUCUCUCAGAUCAUGUGACUUUAAUUUCAUAUGUUGCUUUUUUUCAUCCAGUUUUUGUUUCUGUGGCAGAGAACAAACUUGUUUAGUUUGUGUUCAAAGCCCAGUUUAUUUCACCUAAACUGAUUCCCAAAGGGUUCAUGUUUGAAUAAAGGUAUUAAUAGGUGACUUUUCUAUCUGUGCAGACGAUGGUGAAGCAAAACCAGACCUGAUGUAUUCAUUGCAUGUAGAUUCUCAUUUUGACUCAAAUCAUACUGCGACUGGAAUAAAGUAUAAAAAUCAAGCUGUUUAAAUAGAAAAUCAUUUAUUUUAAUAGAAAAGUGUUGCUAAAAGCAGUGAGACUCUCCAGUGCAGAACAACUUCACAUAAGAACAUCAAAGUCACUUAUUAAAAUAUUAAAACACUCGGUGUGACUCUGUGAGGUGCAUUUGUAUUAAACGCACACCGGAGGGGAGGGCAGCAGCUGAGUGAACAGUCUGCAUGGAGACCGUUAACACAAUGCUUUUUUUAAAAAGUUUUUUUAUUACUUGAACCAACAAGUUCUCAGUUUCAAAAGCCCAGGUGUCAAUUUUAGGAAGUAUGACUGAGAAAACUGACCACAUCAAACUUGUUUACUUAGUGUUUGUGAUGCGUCUGUUCAGAAGAUGGAGCUUUACUUUGAGAGCUCAGGCCAUAAACAUUCUUUUAAAAAUGGUGAUUUCAAGUAGUUGUCGAUCAUUAGAUCUCCCACCUACCUCACACUGGUAGGAGUGGUUAACCUUAAAUGUGCUUUAUUUAAAAUGCAUCACAUUUAUGUUUUUUUCCUCUCUUGUUUUAUUUGUAUUAAUUUUAAUUUAAAGAACUCCCACAGGACAAACUUUUUCAUGGGCAUCACAUUGUGAUUGUUACCACAUUAAAAGAGCCUUCGUGCCUCAUUAUGUUUGAUUCUGUGUGUUUGACACUCCUGGGCCCAAAAGGAGAAGGAGUGGAGGAGAAAUGCUCAUUUCUAGCUGCCCUGCGUGGUGCACUUGUGCUCAUGUGGCUGUACAUUGUUCUCAUUGUUUUUCCCUCCACAUACCAGCAUGGCUUCCUGUUUUCUUCUUCCCUGCAUGGCUUCCAAAAUGAAGACAAAGCGUCAGAGAAACUGCAAACAAGUGUGAAAUGAGGCUCACGGGGAGGGAGGUUAAGGAACCAUAGCACCAGGAGGCAGCACAAUGGAGGAUUCACUGUAUUAGAAAGAUCCUGCAUUCUGCUAAUUUUUCCAUCCUCUGCCCUGAAAUUUCUAUAAAUCCUACUUCAAAACUGCCCUCAGUUUCCUCUAUGGUGAAGCAGUUUGCAAAAGCAGGAGGGUAAGUAAAAACAGAUAGCGCUAAUAAGCUGAUCAUGUCCUCCACAUUGGAGUAUCCAGCCAGUGGUCAGCAUUAGCUCAGUGAACUAACUUUGUGCAAAACAAAAAUGUGUGGAUUUGCAUCAGAUGAGCUGAUUGUGCCAUAAAAAUUUGCUGGUUUAAGCAGAGGAGACACAUCCCAAAACAAAUAGUGGGAGGCAAAAACGGUGUGAUCACCCCUGUUACCAGCAAAUCCCAGCAGCCAUCACCUUCUUCCUCCAGCUGGACGACAUCCAGUGUGAGCCACAGGCGUCAAAUGAUGCAGCACAGCCAGUGAGUCAGCUCUUUGUGUGUGUGUGUGUGUGUGUGUGUGUGUGUGUGUGUGUGUGUGUGUGUGUGUGUUUUGGUCAGCAGGUGAACAAAAUUCAGAAAAUAAGUUACACAGACAAAAGGAAGGUUUCCCAGAGCUACGAGCCAAUCAGAGGCAAAGUUUAAAUCACCUGAGAUCAUAGAAAGUGAUGUUCUUUGUUUUGUUUUCUCCUAAAAAAAA